AGCAAAUUGGCGCAGAAUCGAACAAAGAAAAGGCCGGCGCGAAAAGGAAGAGAGAGAGACUCUCUUCCCUCCCCCACGUUCACCUUUAACGCGAACAGCCGGAGCGUUCGUUGUGCCUCGGCGGCAUCACCAGCAGUCAAACGCAAACUGUCGUCACGCGGUGAGAACCGGGCUAUCACGAGUACAUAUAUCAGGCCGAAAACGAAUUUAUCUAUAUAUCUUUCUAUGAAGCACGAUGUGAUUAUUCUAAUCGCUUUCGAGCCAAUUCCGGACAAGUCAAUCCGCCGAAAUAUAAAGAUCAGGAAUAUAUAAGAAUCGUACUGAUCUCGAAGUUAUACGUACACCUUCGGUGUAAUGUAUUUUUUCUCGGCAAAAAUGAUGAAACCCACUUCAACGCUUCAAUCGGCCUUGUCAUCGCGGGAAAUCAGGCAAAAUUGCGAGACAUCGAUGAUCGGUGUUCCAAUUGCCAAAUCAUAGAUCCGUGAUACUGUGUUCACGAAUGAAAUCACCGAAUAUAUUAUCAUGUUAUCAACCGAUGAUUAGACAUAAAAGAGAGAAUUUGAUGUAAAAGCCAGCAUGCAAAUAUGCGACAAUGUGAAGUUAGUAAAUGGCUAAGGUGCAAUAGUAAUCGACAACUUCAACUGGAUGCACGAAAGUAACGAGUUAACGCAAGCGCUUUGAUAUGAAAAUUAUAUCCCUUCUGAAAAAAACGCGCGAGCGAAUAUAAUCGAUCCACAGGACAGUUAAAAAUCGAUAAACAGUGAAAAUGGGAGUAAAGAAUUUCAUCAUGAAGAGGAUUCCUUUCUGCAAGAUGAAGACGAAGCGGAAAUAUCAUGGCAUCAAUGGGGCAGCAUCGGUGCAAAAUGCGACCCAGUUGGCAGAUUCCGACAACGCCAGCGUCGGAAGUGGUAACUCGAACCUCAGUACUAGUGCGCUUCAGAAUAUCAGAGAACAAAUGGCGGUGUCUCUGGAAAGGAUGAAAGAGCUGGAGGAACAGGUCAAGGCAAUUCCCAUGUUGCAGGUGCAAGUCUCGGUAUUGAAAGAAGAGAAGCGUAAUCUCUUGCGACAAGUAAAUGAAUUGAGUAAAACAAAUUCUUGCAACGACACCCUGCAUAGGCAUCGUAGCCAGUCGUUCUCGGAACAGCACACCACCGCUCUGCGAAACUUGAAGAACACUGGAAUCAUAUAUACCAGGGACAUGGGAACUAUGUGUGGCGUGAUGACAAGAGACAUCGGGGUGUCACAUCAACAGGUUCGAACGAGAGACGUCGGCAUGAUAACGAGCACGCCAAUCAAACCGUCUUUGCAGAAAAGCCAACUACGAAUCGAGGAGAUCAUGCCUGAAAUUCAAGAUGAAAGCACCGUGCUGGAGGACGAAUCGCCAGUGAGUUUCACGAAUUUUUGCAACUCCCAGCACCGUAGUUGGAAGUCCAAUCUGGCUCGUAGUCAAUUGAUGUUGGAAGAGAUUCUGCCGGAAGUGCGGAAAAGGCAUCUAAUGAGGGCUCCUCUUCAUAUAGAAUCGAUACCAUUUAACCAGAACGAUUCAAUCAACCGCAAAAGCGAGAAGAAAAUGCGUAACUUUGGCAUCAACACAGAGAAAAGACCCAGAAUUCUCCAAUGUAGUCAUUUCUUGAUCGAAGACAUUCCGCCGGAAGCGAAGAAAGAAAUGAGGAUGCGUUCUUGCAGUACAACGACGAGCUUGAGUAUGAAAGAUAUCUUGACGAGCGAGGAUACCACACUGCUUGUGGAGAACGCUUUGAGGAGUUACAGGAGUAACUUGGUGAAAAACACUUCUUCCAAGAGUGUUCAAUGCAUUCUGGAAACAUUCAAACUUGAAAAGCGAGAUUAUGCGGUCCAAGUAGCCGAAUUAUUCAAGAUGCGUUCGCAUGUGAGCAUAACCGCUAAACCGUCGGUGACGGAGAUUGGAGUAGAAGUCAAGCUUGAUCCCUCCACCAAGAAUGUGUGUGUCGGACCCGAUCCGGUGGCGGCACAGCCACCGGUGUCGCUAAACUCGAUGAGCUCGAGAAGUCGCUCGUUCAACUACGGCGAUACGAGGUUUAGGACAAGAGCCAACAAAUCGGUGGCGGUGACGGUGGACGACUUGGUGAAAACUAUCACUCGAGGCACUGACACUUUCGGCCUCACGCCAAAAUGCCGAGAUUUCGGCACCUCAACAAUGAAGAAGAAGUUCGUUGAUGUAUCGGUUGGUGACUCCGUCAGGCCGCAUAUCUCGAUCUCUUGCACGGCUAACUAUUGCGACAAUUGCAAGGAGACGAUCAAGAGUCUAGCGAAGCAGAUCGCGAACAAUGCAGAGAACAGCCUAAAUCAUCAGAAUAGCAAUAUGAUAUCCAGGAUUCCGAGACCGUCUCAUAUUUCCUUGAACACCUCCGGUGAUCACAGGAAGCAGUUCAGGCGUCAGGAUACGUACACGAAGAUAUCGGCCAUUGGCAUGAUAAGAUAUGAUGCGGAUAACAAGGAGCAAUACGACAGUAGCAAUCGCAUUCAGCAAUUACAAACUGAGAAAAACAAACAUGAAAAAAUUGCAUCAGAAGAGAUGUGUAGUAUGGAAAAGGAGGCGGAUAAUGAGGAGAAGCCCGAGCUACUGGAAUCGACUUUAUUUCAACCAAUCCAAGAUAAACCUAGGAAGAAAGUUGAGCCCUCAAAAGAGAUGCAAGCUGCCAUGAAAGUGCUCAAUGACAGUAUCAAAAAAUCGCCCAGUAGAAACAUUUCUCAUCAGCUUAAAAACGCUACUAAUAUCAUACAACAAGAAUGGUUCAAGAUAUCCAGUACAUCUAGCGCAAAUCCAUUAGACGUCGAGGAUUAUUUGGACCGAUUCGAAGAGUGCUCCAGUACUCUGCUGGAAUACAUUGUCAACAUGACAGAUACCAGCGGUAACACGGCAAUGCAUUAUGCAGUUUCUCAUGGCAAUUUCGACGUAGUAUCUAUACUAUUAGACUCAAAGGUCUGCGACAUCAACAAGGCAAAUGUGGCUGGUUAUACAGCUGUGAUGUUGGCUGCUUUGGCAGAAGUCAGGAAUUCCACACAUCGUUCUGUGGCAAAUAGAUUGUUCCAACUUGCUGAUGUCAACAUUCGUGCAAAAUUGCAUGGACAAACUGCGUUGAUGCUAGCAGUAUCGCACGGACGUAAAGAUAUGACGCAGUUGCUAUUAGAUGCUGGAGCGGCGGUUAAUAUCCAGGACGAAGAUGGUAGCACUGCCUUGAUGUGCGCAGCAGAACAUGGUCACACCGACAUCGUGAGAUUGCUCCUCGCGCAUCCUGAUUGCGAUCCGUCUAUCGUUGACGUUGACGGCAGUUCGGCCCUGAAGAUCGCUCUCGAGGCGGGUAACCGGGACAUCGGAGUGCUACUUUACGCACACGAGCACGUUAAUCGAGGCACUAGCCCGUAUUCGACUUUGAGACGAAGCAGAAGAGGUUCCAAGCCGACGACGCCCACUGGACCAUCUCCAUCGGCUCCGGCUAGCCCAGCGCCAUCGCGGCGGCUUCAUUCAUCCAGCGUUUCUUUAAACACAUCGAAAUAUUCCGCCAAAUAAUUCAAUAGUGAUUCUCCUCCUCUGCAUCUAUCAUGAGCUUUCUUUUCACGCACAUUAUUUGACACAUAAUAGUGAUAGUAAUUAGGGCAAGCAAACUGCAGAAAAUAGAAACAGAAAACAGAACUUUACAUUUAAAUGUAUAACUUUUACUGUAUAUAAUUUUUUUAUAUUCUUAUGAAUUAUGACACACGCAUAUACACAAUGAAAAAAUAUGACAAUACAUUGAAGCUUUUUUUUUUUUGUCUAAUGAUCGAUUCGUCUGGACGGAAUUGUAUUGUAUAAUUUACCAAGGACCAUGCUCAACAAUGUAUAUAUCUAUUCAGGGUAACGUUAGAGAAAAUCUUGUAUUUUACUUUAUAGCAAUAAUUGUAGAUACUAUUGGACAAAUGUUUGAUGAAGCUUUCAUAUCCUUUGUAAAUUUGAUAUAACUUUGAUUGUGUAGCAUACCCUCGAGGUACACAAUUUUUCUCUUAGGCAGAGUAUGAAAGUACAAACUGUUCUAUACCCAUGAUGAUACAAAUCACAGCAAAAAAAUCAAACAAUUCUUUUUUUAUCUUGUGGCAUUAAACAUUCCGAAACAAACGAUUGCAAUGAUCCGAAUUUUUAUAGUAUAUAAUACACAAGUUUCAGGCCUAAUCUCGAAUUACUUCUUGGGAUCAAAUCGUUGACAGAAUAAUCUUAUACCAAUAUGCAUAGGAAGAUAUUACAUGGUGAUACAUUCCACAUAGCAUACAUAUCAAAAAGAUGUCUAGAAGACAUUCCAAAGAUAUCUUUAGGCGAUAGGACAUUUUCGGAAUGUCCUCUGAACAUCUUUUGAAUAUGCAUACUGUGUGGGAUGUUAAUAGAUGUAUGUUACAGCAACAUGAAAUUCUUUAUGAUUCGACGAUUUAUAAUGUUUUUAUUCACGAGCGACAUCAAAUGUACUCGUCUCUGUUCUAUAUUGAAUAAGAAAAAAUGUUAGAUAGCUAUACUCCGUCCAGAGAGAGAAUAACCUCGGUCUGCGCAUAGACAGGCAAAGUGGGGAGAACAUAGCGAGGUACUCAAUACCGUAUACGUAGAUACGGCUUCCGUGGGUGGAAACCUGCGCGAAACAGACGAGUUUUCGUCCGACUCGAGGUCAUUCUCUCAUCGGACAGAGUAUAUAAUAUAGAUCAUGUUAGAAAAUUGUAUACGUAGAGAUAGUAAGUCUUCAAGCAUAAAUGUCGAAGAAUUUAUGAAGAAAAUUAUGUUUUGAAGUUGUCGGCUUUCAUGUUGAAAACUAUAUAUUAUAUGCGUAAUAUCUAGAUAUAUAAAUAUGAAUAUAUUUAAUCUCGAAUCCCGAACAAUUUGUCAACACAAAUAUUAACAAUAAUUACGUCGUGUUCAUGUAAGAAGGGGACAAAUAUAUUGAGCGAUUUUCUUAUAAGGUUGUGAAUAGAUAUAAUUAUUUAAGUUCGAGAGAUUUAAGUUAAUGUUAUCAUGUUUUUCACUGUCUCUGAAAAUAAUUCUAUAACGAUUGUUUUUUUUUUUUGAGAGCGUGAUAUGAUUAUCCGUUAUUGCAAGGUAGGGCACUAAUGCACGAAACCAUAUAUACCAUAGGAAGCUAGAAUGUAGUGAAGAGUACUUCUUAUUGUUUGUUGUGCUUUUAUAUUUAACACAUAAUACUAUUAGUAAUAAACUGGGAAACACGACGAUUCUAAAUA